CCCUGCGCUCCGUCCUUGUUUCUUGAUUAAUUUCUUCUGUUGUGUUUUCUCUUCUCCUCGCCUCGCCAGUUUUCUGGUGUCGCCCUUGUUCCUUCACGACAUCUCCACGCCUAGUCCGAAUUGCGAAUCAUCACUGCAUGCGUGCAACACCUUGUUCCUUCACGACAUCUCCACGCCUAGUCCGAAUUGCGAAUCAUCACUGCAUGCGUGCAACACCUGCUCCAUCCGUCGAGCUUGCUUGCAUGCGAUUCACCUUAGUCCGGGCUCUGCACUUCCACGCUUUGCCAGGUCACCGCACGCGGCCGGGCCCAUGCGACCAGCCCGCACGACCCGCUAUGGUGCUUCACGACCUUGCUCCGCCCCACAGCUUGCCCACGGUUGCCGACUCCCAAUCGGCGAUGGCGCAGUGCACCGAGCUGCACCGGCGUCCACCGUCGCGUGUUUCAAAGAGCUGCCUCGUCCCCCGCAGUUUUGCCCUGCGGCAGUUCAGCGCUACCGGCGCAGAAUCCCGCGGAAGGACCCUUUCCCCCACCGCCCUCCCACCCAGUCUUCCCCGCCCCAACUCGUUGUUACGUUAGGGUUCUCAAGCUUAUGACGGCAGUUUCAGCGCCCCCUUCACCCAUGGGGAUCAAGUACUCCCUGGCCAAGUGGGCGGCUGCACCAAUCUUCUCCUUCAGGCUCGUUUCAAGCUUUUCAUUUGCACUGAUUCCUUUCGUACCUCCACUGUCCGUUGAAUUCUCCAUGGCCCGGAGCGACGAUUUCGUGUAUACCAACAGCCACCUGCACACUUGGAUCUCGGAAGCUGUUCUGAUGGAUCAGACUCCAUCCGUUGAGGAGAUGCUCGAAGACCAUUUUGUGGAGGAAACCGCCGAUGAGACUACCCCGGAGGACUUUCUUGAAGGUAAUCAGCUGGAAUGUAAAUAGGCUACGAAUCUGCCUGCAUCUGUUCAAUCGGUCUACUUACGGUUUCAGUGUACAUCUCGUCGGGUCAUAGCACGAUUAUUUUCGAGGAGCGGCUGUCUCUUUCUGUUGAUGGCGCACUCUGUGUGUGUUUAUAUGUAUAAGUACUUGCGCAUAUAUCGGCUUGGGCAAGUGGGGGAUCUCUGGGAAUGCCGACUGAGUUGUCUGGGUAUUCACGAUACUGAGAGAUGCUAGAAAAAGCCGCGAUCGGAGGAGUGAGUACUGUUCCUCGUGCUAUUGGGUGGCAGGAUGUUUUGCGCUCUGUUGAGUAAUCAUCUGACGGGCAUAGGAUUGAUGCCACUGGCUGAUGUAAAUAUGGGGACAAUAUCCAGAGCAUUUCGUGAAGAGCAAAAUUAUGGGGAAGGAGAAUACUGAGGAUCAUAUCGCACGGCCAGCAGAUGAGCAGAAUUGAAAGGACAGGGGGCGGCUUGGCGGAUGAGAGGGCGAAAUUAGUGCGAAGAGGCUAUGACACUAUCCCCAAACUCAGAGAUCGACGGCGCUAUGCUCGAGUACAUGGAGCCAGUGCGCAGGACAUUCGUGAUCCGUUCUUUGCUUACCUAAUUGUUGCUUAAGCCCUGCUGUUUUACGAGCUGUUCGGGGUUUGUCGGGUUCUUUUUUAUUUUUCAAUUCCUGACGUGUUUCUCUGAAAAUUCCUUUGAAAUGUGCUCUGAGUAAUAACCAGGGGACUUGGCAUCGGAGAUAUCAAUACUAUUGUAUGAGUUAGGCUGUUCGGUGCCUGCUUGCUGUCGCUAUGAUGGAUGGUUUUUGCUUCUCACCUAGAUGUGAUUGACCUUUUGUUGCUCUGUUAGCACUUCGUCUAUCGAACCAAAAAAAUGGUUAGCUCAAUCUCUCGGCCGUAAGUACCUUUUUGCAGCUUGACAACUGUGCUUUUUCGAGAUGACAGGUUAGCUGUGCAGUAACGCUGUUCAGAAGUAGCCUGGGGCUCAGAACUCAGCCCCAGGAAACGCAGACCUGAGUUGGUCUGUGCUGCGCCGUGUGACCAAGACACGCCCAGGCUUGAGUCUGUCGAGCGUGGCUGUGUGACCGGACGCUGCACACAGGAAAUUCAAGAGUCAAUGGCAACUGUAGAAUCAAAGGUACCGCACCCAGGCCCUUGGUUGGAUACACUCACUUGUUGUGCGCAGGUACCCAGACAGCAUCCAGGCCGGAGGGAAUUUGGUUUCAAGCCAAUCUGGGCCCUCGUUCGCAUUGAGAUCUGGACGGCUGAGGGAUACAGCAUCCGGGGUCCAGACCCCGCGUGAACACUACAUAAGAAGCUGACUUCCUGGCUUUGACAUUCAUUCUGUCUUGCGUUGAUGCUGACUUCACGCGUUGACUUCAAUGCUGGCUCGACGCUGCGACGCUGGCAUUGUGACUUGGCGAGGCGCUGCUAGUCCGGCAUGGUGGCCAGCUUGCUCCUGUCUUCUUGGCUUGCUGACGUGGCAGCUGCCAUGCGCUAUCGCUGAUGUGGCUGCUGCCACGUGUAUCAUUGGCUGGCGUGGCUGCUGCCACGUGUUCUAUGGCUGGGACAACGUAAUCGGCAUUGCUGUUCUGUUUCGUCGUCACUUCAGGAGGAGAUCAGGACUGUGGAGAGUUCGAGGAUACGUACCUGGUGGUCUUCAUGUCGACAUUGCUCCAGAUGCUGAUGUGGAACUGAUUAGACGCGCCACGUGGCACAUUGAGGAUACUUCAGAUACUCGUUCAGACUACUGAUUAUUGAGGUGGUAGUGAAGGAGGGAGGCCGAAGCAGGAGUGGGCAUUGUACUUCCUCUCCUUUGCCUCUUCAUCCUCCUCUCUCUUCGUCUGUGUAUGAUUACCUCAUCCCAUUCUGUCUGGUUACGAUUUUGACUAUUAGUAAUCAUCAGCCGAUGGACAUUUAUCUGGGCUUGCAUUGUUGACAACUGUCUUCACGAUCUGGGUUCAUUGCAGCUGUACUUGCGGUCGUGGAGUAUAAUUGUAGUUACUUGAACUCGUUCUGUAUAUUGGCAUUGUUUGGGGGACAUUGUAGCACGUAUUGCUGAAAGUGU